GUAACCAAUCAUAACACAUCCCUCCCGCUCAUUUAUUCUGUGCAGACAGCAGACAACUGUCUUUCCGUCAGGUUCUUGUCAGCUGGGGUGAAGAGAACGGUAGGCCACUAGUAGGAAUGUCGGAACCGAAGAAGUUAUCAAGAUGGUACUUCGGAGGGUUGGCAUCAGCGGGAGCAGCCUGCUGCACACACCCCUUGGACCUCUUGAAGGUUCACCUUCAAACGCAGCAGGAGGGAAAACUAUCAGUGGUCCGGCUGACGGGCACAAUUGUGCGAGAACAGGGUGUGUUGGCAUUGUACAACGGACUGUCUGCGUCACUUUGUCGGCAACUGUCCUAUUCCACAACUCGGUUCGGUAUAUAUGAGGUUGCCAAGCAGUCAGUAGCGCCACAUGGAGAAAGUAUUUCAUUCGCUGAGCGUGUCGCCAUGGCAGGGGCUGCCGGUGCUGCAGGAGGGUUUGUAGGGACACCAGCAGACCUUGUCAAUGUAAGAAUGCAGAAUGACAUCAAACUUCCCCCAGAGAAACGGAGAAAUUAUAAACACGCAAUAGAUGGACUCUUUCGUGUGUAUAAAGAGGAAGGAGUCAAGCGACUGUGGGGGGGAGCAACGACAGCAACGAGUCGUGCCGUCUUCAUGACCAUAGGACAGCUCUCAUUCUACGACCAAGUGAAGAUAAUGUUGCUAGCUUCUGGCUACUUCCAGGACAAUCCCACUACACAUUUCUUGUCCAGCCUUACAGCAGGAGCUGUAGCGACAACACUAACGCAACCUCUUGAUGUGCUAAAAACACGAGCGAUGAAUGCUAAACCAGGGGAGUUUAAGGGUAUGAUGGAUCUAAUAAUGUACACUGCCAAGCUGGGUCCUCUUGGAUUUUUUAAGGGUUAUGUGCCUGCAUUUGUGCGUCUAGCUCCGCACACUAUCCUCACAUUCGUGUUCCUCGAGCAACUACGUGACAAUUUUGGCUUUAUCCCCGUCAAGUAGUCAGCUAGAUAACUGUGGACCAAGCAUUCCUUACCAUUGCUCGUCUAGGAUACGACCGAUUAAACGAUAAUUUAUUUUUACGACUUAGGCUUACCGUUCUCCUGUAUUGCUCCUAAAAUUGACACUGGAACACUACAAAAUAGUUUGUUGCUUUCUUUAAAAAAUUAUAAUUGUUGUCAUCAGAUGUUCAUGUACAGGAUUUAAGUUCUGUAUAACACAACAGGUAGCCAAUUAAAGGAAAUUUACAUUGCAUUUAUAAGCAUUCUAUUAGUUUGUAUGAGUUGAGGUAUAUUUAAUACAUUUUACUGAAGCAAUAUACUUUAAAAACUUGCCUGUCUAUAUUUUGUGUGUUGUUAGUAUUUAAAUACUUGGAGGUUUUCUAUUUUAUCUUACCUUCCUUAAUAACUAACUGGGUUUAGAUUCACACAAAAAUUAUGAUUACAUUUUGCGUUCUUUUAUACAUUUUUAAACUAAAAGCCUACGAUAUAUAAUUUGUAGUGUUCUUGAAGUCAGUUUGUUUAGUGCAAAUAAAAAUAUCUCAUGCCUGUGAGUGUUUUACACAGUGACUGCAUUGAAACUUGCCAUGGUAAAUGUUACAGUGCGUAACAUUUUGAAAAAUGAACUGUUAUUCAAUUAUUUUAAAUAAUCAUGUAGUAAUUCUUGUUUUUUAGAUUAUUUUUGCAAAUCUUUAAAAGAAAUACUAGGUAUACUUAUAGAUACUUAUUUAAAGGUAAGGUAUUAUCUACUUAAGAAGUGUUUCCGUCUAACAGAAGAAUAGGAGAGUGUCUCGAUGGUCUCUUGACAUUGUGUAAGAAUUAUUUUUGUCAGUGCCAAAAAAUCCAAACCGGGUGCUUAAUCUGUACUGUAUAUAUACCCGUUUCAUCAAUUGUCACCCUAGCCAUCCACUAUUAGUUUAAUGUGUGCUUUAAACCACUGACCAGUGUUCCUAUACACUACCUGUACCGCCAGGCUACUAAUCAGCAUCCAGAGAGUAGCACAUCCCUAGGGAAAAUGGCUUCCUUGACACAAUAUCUUGGAUGCAGACAUACAUGCAUACAUUUUUCAUGUGUGGUGUAUCAAAAUAUAAGCAUGGUGGUUGGUUGGUUUUUUUUUUGAUAAUACAGACCAAUUAAACAAUGUUCUUAAAUUUACCCUCUUCUAAGAGAUGAUGUUUUUAAGCAUAUUAUUUGUUGGUACAACCGUAGUUGCUUGUUAGGUAUUAAGAAAGACUUAAUAUGUUUGCAAUAAAAUCAUCAUUAAUGUUUAUGAUUUUCAAUCAACGCUAUCAAAUUGUUUAAGAUGAUAAACAAAUUUGUUUUUGUUUUAUAUCAUGCAUUGUUAUAAAUUGUCAUAAACAAUUUUACACAAUAUUGUUUUAAAAUAUUCACUAAUGUUAAAACUCUUAUGUUAUAGAUUUAAAAAAUUAUUAUUAUUGUUCACUUUUUUCUGUUUGAUAAUAAUCUGUUUUCUUGUGAUGUAAUUUUGUGACAUUUCAUUUCUCCUCAAGCCAAUUCUUGCAUGUUUUUUCACAGCAGGUGACACUCAUUUAGAUUUUUAAUUUGUUCAGUACAGUACUUACAUAUCUGUGUGAUGACUGCAUGGUUAAACCACUGUUACUGUAAAGCAAUGAGUUUGUUGAACUGUGUUAUACAUAAUAUAAUUUUUAACUGUUAAAUUUUUUAUUGCUGGUUUAACUCUUCUGCCAACAAAGGGUUAGUUGUUAUUGUAAAUAAAAGUUAGUCAUAAAAUAGCUUUGGAAGGGUACAAAAUAUAAAAUAGUGUUGUUGUUAUCAGAAUACAUGAAUAAAGAAGUUAAUCGCUUAUUAGUAACACACUGCAUUCCAGGUUAAAAGUGAAAUAAACAUCUAGUGAUUAUAAAUUAAUAUUUUAUCACUGUUAAUUUUAAAUCAGAUUUAAUUACUGUUAAUUUUUUGAAUAGAGUACAUUUUCCAAUUGUUAUAUUAAUUUUAUUAUUAGAAUAAUAUUACUGGUUACUUUAUUUAGAUACUAUAUUAAUUUUUAUUUGCCAAAGAAUGUUUUCCAUCUUCAAAGUUUUACUUGUUCAGAAAGACAGAAUUAUUAGCUUUACUAGUUUUAUCAACAUUGAUUAGGCUAUUGAUACACCAUGUGAAAAUUGUUUUAAUUACAACCCACUAAACAGACUUCAAAAUAAUUAUCUUUGCAGAUUAGCCUGUUAUUUUUUGAAUGUAUGAAUAGCUAAGUAUUUUUCUACAUUAUGCAAUACUAACAUUAUUUUUGUAACUUAUUCUAUACACACACAAAAGUAUUUAGACCAAAUAAGGUAACAGUAUUCGUGUUCAUAUUGUGGUACAAGAUUACAUCAUACUCAGUUAAAACUUAAGCAUUUUGUAUAAUUAAAAUGGACUUCGUGUCCAUUUUAAUAAUUGUAAAUAAAAAAAAAACUAAAAUUUAAAUUAGUGUUACCAAGAAAGGAUACCAUUCCUAGAGCUAGAGUUAGCAGUUUUAUACACUAAUUUUGCUUACCAUUAAUGAUAUACAUUAACCCUCUCCCGGUCGAAUUACCGCAACGCGUUUUUGGCGCUACUGGGCUGAAUUAAAUCGGGCGCUUUGAUAUGAGGGGACACUUAUUCGCAUUUUUACUAAGUUAAGAACUUUAUUUUAAUAAAACUAUUAUGUAUUGUACAUCGUUACAAUGAUGAUUAAAUCCUCUAUAAUAACGUUGUAUUUAUUUAAAAAAAAAUAUUAACCUUAUGAGGUAAAUUAAAAUCAAACAAAAAGUCAAACUUACAUGAAAAAUCUUGUUUUAAUUGAUUGUGAAAACAACUAACAAAAUGAUUUCAGUAAAUGAGUGGUUAUAAAAAGUCCCAAAUAGUUCAUCAAAUUACGUAAGAUAGCAGCACAAGUCAGAAAAAAUUGUACUACUAAACAACUAGAUCACCGUCAAUGAAGUAAUCAAUGAAACGUUUCAAAUUAUUAAUCCUAGAUAGCGUCCCUAGUCAUAAAACUAUGAAUAAACAAGGCAACAAUGACACUGCCAAUAGAUAUUUCCAGUAUUAGUUCCCCAAACAACCGUAUGACAGCAGCGCAAAGCAGAGGGCGUUGAUAAAGCAGUUGGAGGCGUUUGGACUUUUGAGCCAGGCGCCCUGCCGAGGCGUUUGCCCGGGAGAGGGUUAAUUUUGUUUACGAUUAAUGCUAUACAUUAAUUUUGUUUACAAUUAUGCCAACAUUUUACAGACUUUGUUUUCAGUAAAUAAAUUUUAUUGGUAAGUAGAUUUACACGGUUGGUUGUUUUUGCCAACAAUAAAAGUAAGACGAAAUUCAAUAGUACAGUACCAUCAUUAAGAUUGAGAUAGUAAUUUAAUUUUUAGUCUAUAAUAAGCAAUAGAUUAUGAGUAACCUUCUAUGUUUAAUGUUAGCAUUUAUUGUAAAGUAAUGUAACUUUGUAAAAAUAUUGUAACAAUGCAUUUUCUUUAUUUGGUUGAACAGUCUUGUGGUCUUGUACUAAAUUUUAACAUUAAGCAAUAUUUUGUCGCUUCCAAUUAAAAUUCUUGCAUUUAAACCUUCUUUUCCUAUUGUUUUGUCUAGUAUAUUUUGUUGUUCUAUUCAAACUUAUAAUAAUUUAUAACAAACUCAUGUUAGUUAUUAAUACGUUGACUGCUGCAAAUUCCUUACAGCGCACAAGCACUGUGCGAGUAGUUGGUAGCACUCAUAUACAGCCGCAGUGAAGGUGUUAAUGUACUAUUAUUUUUGUUUUCUUGAAGGAUAUAUUUUUCAUAUAAAAUACGCCACAUGGCAGAUUGGGAACCCUUAGUUUAAUACCAUUUAGUGGCUAGGGAAUAAUUUUUAUUAAGCUUAUGUGCUAUGCUUAUUAAGUUGGUUUCUGUGAUAGAAAUGUUUUUUUCUCUAAUUAAGAUCAUAAAGUUCAAAACUUAUUUGAUUUUAAUAUUUCAAAAUCCGUUCUUUAGUACCUAAGAUAAUUUUGUUCUUGGAUGUAAAUAUAUCAAUUGUAUUUGCUACUGUUGUAUUUGGAUUUGACUUAGGCUCUGUUAUACGUUCUGGCUUUUGAUAAAUAUAUAGAUUAUCUGAUGUUAAUAAAAUUUUUAUACAACAA